GUUCAGGUCACAGUUUGACGCAAUGAUUUAGUCUUGUUGCCAAGUUACGCAUAAGCAAACUUGACAACGACCAAAAUCCGCAGAAUAAAUGUAUAAUAAAAACACAUUAUGUCAAAAUACCCAAUAAUCGGAUGUUCCGAUUCAAAUGCCCGGGAUAUAAAUGGAGCGAGAGCUUCUAACAUCGACCUGUUUUUGGAGUUCCUUAAUUGUGUUAUGACUAAAGAUUUCCGACAGGCUAUAAAUUUGGCGAAACAGAUCCUUGAGCUGGAACCAGACAAUAACAACAUUCGAGAGUUCCUGCCCUUGUUAAAUGACGCAGACCAUAUGAAAUCAGCGGGUUUUUUUCACUCACUUACUGAUGAUUCUGACUCAGAACAUCAAGACAACGAGGAUACUGACAGUGAUUUGCAAGCAUCAUCUACCGACUCUUCGGAUGAGUUUGAUUAUACAAGUUCUGAUUCUGAUUUACCACGAAAUAAUAAAAAAACGCAUGGAUUUUGAUGAAAUGUUUAGUUGGUUUUCUCAAGUUGUGAUUAUAUAAAUGACCCAUUUUCAAUAUUCUGCACUCUUCUUUUGAAGAAAACUUGGUGAAAAGCUUCACUUUACAAUUUAAGUUAUGUGAACGUAAAUUUCACUGCCUUUGUACAUAAAAGGAAUAUGUUCUAAGCUUACAACGAUGCUGAACUAAUUCUGAAAUAAUAUGCAGACGUUAACAUAUAUCUGAGAGGUGCAUAAAACAUACCACCAAAUAUAAAGCACAAUCGAUAUUUGUCCUUGAUACGAGUUUGUCAUGAUAUAUUGAAGCCUAAUUAUUAAAUUCUCCAUAUGGAGAUGUGGCGCAAUAGAGAAAUAUAAAAAUGAUUUAUGGAGAUUCCACUUCUCUUGAAGAUGAUGUUUGAUCAGCAGUUGACGUCAUUCAGAGAACCGUUGGAAAACCCAGGAGCACUGGACAGGUAUUCCGU